AUGGCCAGAAAACUCAUCUCCCAUCAAUACGAGGACCGUAUGCUGGAGGACGAGUUAGAGGAAUCAAUCGCUGCAAUGUAUGAUUAUCUACGAAAAGGAUCAGGAGGACGGGACUCAGAUCUAUGCAUUGUCCAAGCACGGAUGGCUUUCUUGAGCGAUCGGAGCACGCGCAUCAGGGAUCAUCAACUGAUCGUCAUGACGAAAAUGGUCGCUAUGCAUCGAUACCAAGAACUCAUUUGGAACUGGGAAGAUAUCUAUGACGAUUGCGCCUGCUUGGUCAAUACACCCGUGGACGAAAAUGAUAGCGAUCGUCACCAACCUCGUGUCGUCCACUUUGUGAUGAGUGCGAAGGAGCUAAUCAAUGAUGGCAUGUUGGAACUCCAGAGCAGCAGUGAACAUUCAAUCAAUGACACUACCUAG